AGCUCAUCAUAUUAGGCUGUCGUUACUUAAGCAUCUGUACAGUACAGUAGCCGGCUAUGAACAAGCUCUGGAUCCUGAAGAGCGCGUUCAGUAUAGCAUCUCAUAUCAUCAUAGCCUGGCCAGUCGUAGUCCUAUCAUGUUUAUAACCCGCUGCAAAAGUCAUGUCAUAUCUCGCUGUUAAUUAUUUCGUCGGCCCAGUCCUUCGACUUCGUUAUCUCGGAUACUUGCCUGCCUCUCCUCCGCCCUCCCAUCAAUCGCUCAACUCCGUCGCAGCCAAACUUCCGAGCCCUCGUUUGUUUGUUUACUUCUCACCCGCAUCGUCCUCCGCAUCCGUAGAUCUCCCUAUCUUUCCCCUGACGACCCUCCUCCUCGGUCCUUCUCUCGCCCGGCGUUAUCGGUGGUUUCAUGCCCGGCUGCUCGUCUGCCCUCUUGCUCUUUCGAGCGGAUCUGCCCGUAGACAAGCUCUGGUGUUGAUAUCAGUCGACAUCGCCCUCCACACCUUGGUGGCCCUGGUGUAUGCCGUUUACUCAUCCAUAUAUCUUAACCCCGGACUUGACGCCUGGUGUUGUUCCAUGCGUAGUGGCAUAUUAUCUGUUGCAAGGUAUCGUCAUCACAGAAAGCAGAGGUCUCUUUAGACAUUGAGGUCAUAAGCCAUAUAUUUGAUGUUAUAGAAGUAGAUGCUGGUCCCAUCCUGCCUCGAUGCCAGGUUGACUUGCCAGCCUCAGGUUAGGUGAGGAUAAUUGACAGUGGUGAUGUGACGAACACGACAGUCUCAUAGCUGGCCGCAAGACUCAUCACAGGUUCCUGGAACAUAGCAACUCAUCGUUAAUAAAAUUCAGCCUAAAUUGUCUUGCUCAAUCAAUACAAGCAGUCUUUCUCCAUUCGUUGCUGCACAGAAGUCGUUCCUG